UAGCAAGCUAGAUUGAGGCGAGGGCUGGCCAUGCUCCGCCGGAAGGCGCCUUGUUCUCCGAAAGGGUGAGUUGAAACGCUGGCUGGAAAGGAAGCGCCGGGACUUGUUCAGGAGUUCCAUCAUCUUCCUCUGAAGACCUAGCCAUCUUGCUCCAUGAAGGUCAGGACAGUCUGACAUGCACUUGUUUCUUGCCUCUUUACCUGAAGAGUAGUCCUCUUCCAUUGUGUACAUUUUUUUCUUAAUAGGGGAGGGGAGGGGAGAGCCAGUACCCCCCCUCCCCUUCCCUCCUUAAACCUUGGGGAAGUAACCCCCAUUGCUUUCCCAAGAUGGCAGACCCCAUCAUGGAUCUGUUUGAUGACCCAAAUUUAUUUGGCCUGGACUCUCUGACUGAUGACAGCUUCAAUCAGGUCACACAAGACCCUAUUGAAGAAGCCCUUGGACUGCCAAGCUCUCUGGACUCCUUGGAUCAGAUGAACCAGGAUGGUGGAGGUGGCGAUGUGGCGAAUUCAUCAGCAAAUGACUUGGUCCCCCCACCAGAGGAAACAGCCCCCACAGAACUUCCCAAAGAAUCAACAGCUCCAGCUCCAGAAUCUUUAACCUUGCAUGAUUAUACCACUCAGCCCGUCAGCCAAGAGCAGCCAGCCCAACCUGUCUUACAGACACCAACGCCAACACCAGGACUUUUGCAGGUCUCCAAGAGCCAGGAGAUCCUGAGCCAAGGGAAUCCUUUCAUGGGUGUCUCUGCCACAGCUGUCUCCUCCAAUAGUGCUGGAGGACAACCACCUCAGUCUGCCCCUAAGAUUGUCAUCCUUAAGGCCCCACCAAGCUCCUCAGUCACUGGUGCCCAUGUGGCACAAAUUCAGGCCCAAGGUAUCACCAGCACAGCUCAGCCCCUCGUGGCUGGCACAGCCAAUGGUGGAAAAGUCACUUUUACCAAAGUGCUAACCGGCACUCCCCUUCGACCUGGUGUUUCCAUUGUCUCUGGUAAUACAGUGUUGGCCGCCAAGGUCCCUGGGAACCAGGCUACUGUUCAGCGCAUUGUCCAGCCCAGCCGACCAGUAAAGCAGCUGGUCCUACAGCCAGUUAAGGGUUCAGCUCCUGCUGGAAACCCUGGGGCCACAGGGCCCCCACUGAAGCCUGCAGUUACACUGACCUCUACACCCACCCAGGGUGAAUCGAAACGCAUCACGCUGGUCCUCCAGCAGCCACAGUCUGGAGGUCCCCAAGGACACCGGCAUGUCGUGCUAGGGAGUCUACCAGGCAAGAUAGUGUUACAGGGCAACCAGCUAGCAGCCCUGACUCAAGCCAAGAAUGCCCAGGGGCAGCCUGCCAAAGUAGUAACUAUACAGCUUCAGGUGCAGCAACCACAGCAGAAAAUCCAGAUUGUACCACAGCCUCCAUCAUCGCAGCCACAACCCCAGCAGCCACCCUCCACCCAGCCAGUGACUCUCUCCUCUGUGCAGCAGGCUCAGAUAAUGGGACCAGGACAGGCCCCGGGACAGAGACUUUCAGUACCCCUCAAGGUGGUACUUCAGCCACAGGUGAGACCUAACAUGCUGAGUUAAGAAGGCAAACACGCUCUUAGUCCCCUGACGUUAUCCUCAGCACCACUCACUGUUGGAUGUGGGGCCAGUCUAGAUUCAUAUCUCUGAAGUGAGAUGCAGGCUUUGCUUUCUUUCACCCAUGGGAACCUUAUUUUAAUUAUAUCAUGAAAAGAUUUGAGGGUUAUUGUUGGGUUUGGGUUAAGAGAUGAUUUGUCUAGUAUUUGUCUUUAAAUUGUUUUAUUUACAAUCUUUUCCUGAUAUCCUUGUGAAAUGAAAAUGACUGGAAAUAACCCCUCAUCUGAAAGGUAAAUAGUCUUGAAGAGGUCAAGUGCUUAUCAUUCCUCCCCCUACCAACCNUCCAAAACCAAGGGCAAGAGUAAGCUAAACACCAUCACUCCUGUGGUGGGUAAGAAGAGAAAACGUAAUACCUCAUCUGAUAAUUCAGAUGUAGAAGUCAUGCCUGCACAAUCACCCCGGGAAGAUGAAGAAAGCAGUAUUCAGAAAAGACGCUCAAACCGCCAAGUUAAGCGGAAAAAAUAUACAGAGGAUCUGGAUAUAAAGAUCACAGACGAUGAAGAAGAAGAAGAAGUGGAUGUAACUGGUCCAAUCAAAACUGAGCCUAUCCUUCCUGAGCCAGUGCAGGAACCAGAUGGCGAGACAUUGCCUUCCAUGCAGUUCUUUGUGGAGAAUCCCAGUGAAGAAGAUGCUGCCAUUGUAGACAAAGUGCUUUCUAUGCGUAUUGUGAAGAAGGAGCUUCCUUCUGGACAGUAUACUGAAGCAGAAGAAUUCUUUGUCAAGUACAAGAACUACUCCUAUCUGCACUGUGAAUGGGCCACCAUCUCCCAACUGGAGAAGGAUAAGAGGAUCCAUCAAAAACUAAAGCGCUUCAAAACCAAAAUGGCUCAGAUGAGACACUUCUUCCAUGAGGAUGAAGAGCCCUUCAACCCAGACUAUGUAGAGGUGGAUAGGAUAUUGGAUGAGUCUCACAGUAUUGACAAGGACAAUGGGGAGCCUGUAAUUUACUACCUGGUGAAAUGGUGCUCUCUGCCCUACGAGGAUAGUACCUGGGAGCUCAAAGAGGAUGUUGAUGAGGGCAAGAUUCGAGAAUUUAAACGCAUCCAGUCAAGGCACCCAGAACUCAAAAGGGUGAAUCGUCCGCAGGCAAGUGCCUGGAAGAAGUUGGAGUUGUCACAUGAGUAUAAAAACAGAAACCAGUUACGGGAAUAUCAGUUGGAAGGGGUCAACUGGCUGCUCUUUAAUUGGUAUAACAGGCAGAACUGCAUCCUGGCUGAUGAGAUGGGAUUGGGCAAAACCAUUCAGUCCAUUGCCUUCUUGCAGGAAGUAUAUAAUGUGGGUAUCCAUGGCCCCUUCCUGGUCAUUGCCCCACUGUCCACAAUUACUAACUGGGAGCGGGAAUUCAACACAUGGACAGAGAUGAACACUAUUGUCUACCAUGGCAGUCUGGCCAGCCGGCAGAUGAUACAACAAUAUGAAAUGUACUGCAAAGAUUCACGGGGGCGCCUCAUCCCAGGUGCAUACAAGUUUGAUGCCUUGAUCACCACUUUUGAGAUGAUUUUGUCAGACUGUCCUGAGCUUCGUGAGAUUGAAUGGCGGUGCGUCAUCAUUGAUGAGGCCCAUCGACUAAAGAACCGUAAUUGCAAGCUGCUUGAUAGUCUCAAGCACAUGGACCUGGAGCACAAAGUGCUGCUCACAGGAACACCAUUGCAAAAUACUGUGGAGGAACUGUUUAGCUUGCUUCAUUUCUUGGAACCAUCACAGUUUCCAUCAGAAUCAGAAUUCCUCAAAGACUUUGGGGAUCUCAAAACAGAAGAACAGGUUCAAAAGCUACAGGCCAUUCUCAAACCAAUGAUGCUGAGAAGACUCAAAGAAGAUGUUGAAAAGAACCUGGCACCCAAACAGGAGACCAUUAUUGAAGUAGAGCUAACCAACAUUCAGAAGAAGUACUACCGGGCUAUUUUGGAGAAGAAUUUCUCCUUUCUUUCCAAAGGGGCAGGUCAUACUAACAUGCCAAAUCUACUCAACACAAUGAUGGAGUUGCGCAAAUGCUGCAACCACCCCUAUCUCAUCAAUGGUGCAGAAGAAAAAAUCCUAACAGAGUUUCGAGAAGCUUGCCAUAUCAUACCUCAUGACUUCCACUUGCAGGCCAUGGUUCGUUCAGCUGGCAAAUUGGUUCUUAUUGACAAGUUACUUCCAAAACUUAAAGCUGGUGGCCAUAAGGUUCUGAUCUUUUCCCAGAUGGUACGCUGCCUAGAUAUCCUAGAGGAUUAUCUAAUCCAGAGAAGGUACUUAUAUGAGCGUAUUGAUGGGCGAGUUAGAGGCAACCUUCGGCAAGCUGCUAUUGACCGAUUUAGCAAGCCUGACUCGGACCGAUUUGUCUUUCUGCUAUGCACCCGGGCUGGUGGACUUGGCAUUAAUCUAACAGCUGCUGAUACUUGCAUCAUCUUUGAUUCAGACUGGAAUCCCCAAAAUGACCUGCAGGCUCAAGCACGUUGUCAUCGAAUUGGGCAGAGCAAAGCUGUGAAGGUGUACCGUCUCAUCACUCGUAAUUCUUACGAGAGGGAGAUGUUUGAUAAGGCUAGCCUCAAGUUGGGAUUGGAUAAAGCUGUGCUUCAGUCCAUGAGUGGUCGGGAUGGCAACAUUACUGGAAUCCAACAGUUCUCUAAGAAGGAGAUUGAAGAUCUCUUACGGAAAGGAGCUUAUGCAGCCAUAAUGGAGGAAGAUGAUGAGGGCUCCAAGUUUUGUGAAGAGGACAUUGACCAGAUCUUGUUAAGACGAACCACUACCAUCACCAUUGAAUCUGAAGGAAAGGGUUCUACCUUUGCCAAGGCAAGCUUUGUGGCUUCUGAAAAUAGGACUGAUAUUUCUCUGGAUGACCCAAACUUUUGGCAAAAGUGGGCCAAAAAGGCUGACCUGGACAUGGAUCUACUCAAUAGCAAGAAUAACUUGGUGAUUGACACACCUAGAGUACGAAAACAGACCCGCCACUUCAGCACUCUGAAAGAUGAUGACCUAGUGGAAUUCUCUGAUUUGGAAAGUGAAGACGAUGAGCGACCACGCUCUCGCCGACAUGACCGUCAUCAUACCUAUGGGCGCACUGACUGUUUUCGGGUGGAAAAGCACCUCCUGGUAUAUGGUUGGGGACGAUGGCGAGAUAUUCUGUCUCAUGGACGCUUCAAGCGACGGAUGACUGAAAGAGAUGUGGAAACAAUUUGCCGGGCCAUCCUCGUGUACUGUCUCUUACAUUAUCGUGGGGACGAAAAUAUCAAAGGCUUCAUUUGGGACUUGAUUAGCCCUGCUGAAAAUGGCAAGACAAAAGAAUUGCAGAAUCACUCAGGUCUGUCUAUCCCUGUGCCUCGUGGACGCAAGGGGAAAAAAGUAAAGUCACAAAGCACUUUUGAUAUCCAUAAGGCAGAUUGGAUCCGGAAAUAUAACCCUGAUACCCUGUUUCAAGAUGAAAGUUAUAAGAAGCACUUGAAACAUCAGUGUAACAAGGUGCUGUUGCGGGUACGAAUGCUAUAUUAUCUGAGACAGGAGGUUAUUGGAGACCAGGCAGAGAAGGUGUUAGGGGGUGCAAUUGCCAGUGAGAUUGACAUAUGGUUCCCAGUAGUGGAUCAGCUGGAGGUUCCAACAACAUGGUGGGACAGUGAGGCUGAUAAGUCCCUGCUCAUUGGAGUCUUUAAGCAUGGCUAUGAAAAAUAUAAUACUAUGAGGGCAGACCCAGCCUUAUGCUUCUUGGAAAAGGCUGGCCGACCAGAUGACAAAGCAAUUGCAGCAGAACAUCGCGUGUUGGAUAAUUUUUCUGACAUAGUGGAAGGGGUUGACUUUGAUAAAGACUGUGAAGAUCCUGAAUACAAACCACUCCAGGGUCCCCCAAAGGACCAAGAUGAUGAGGGUGAUCCCUUGAUGAUGAUGGAUGAAGAGAUCUCAGUGAUAGAUGGAGAUGAAGCCCAGGUGACCCAACAGCCAGGCCAUCUAUUCUGGCCUCCAGGCUCUGCUUUGACAGCUAGGCUUCGGCGCCUAGUAACAGCCUAUCAGCGCAGCUACAAGAGAGAACAGAUGAAGAUAGAGGCUGCAGAACGUGGGGAUCGGAGAAGGCGACGUUGUGAGGCAGCCUUCAAGCUAAAAGAAAUUGCACGGCGGGAGAAACAGCAACGAUGGACAAGGCGUGAGCAAACUGAUUUCUAUCGAGUGGUUUCUACCUUUGGUGUGGAGUAUGACCCUGAUACCAUGCAGUUCCAUUGGGAUCGCUUCCGUACUUUUGCCCGAUUGGACAAAAAAACAGAUGAAAGCCUUACCAAGUAUUUCCAUGGCUUUGUGGCCAUGUGCCGCCAAGUGUGCCGCCUUCCCCCAGCAGCUGGAGAUGAACCCCCGGACCCUAAUCUGUUUAUUGAGCCCAUCACUGAGGAAAGGGCCUCACGGACUCUCUACCGUAUUGAAUUGCUUCGGCGCUUACGGGAACAAGUUUUAUGCCACCCUCUUUUGGAAGAUCGGCUGGCAUUAUGUCAGCCUCCAGGUCCUGAAUUGCCUAAGUGGUGGGAGCCCAUUCGGCAUGACGGGGAGCUUCUACGAGGGGCAGCCCGCCACGGGGUGAGCCAAACAGACUGCAACAUCAUGCAGGACCCAGACUUUUCUUUCCUGGCUGCCCGUAUGAAUUAUAUGCAGAACCAUCAGGCAGGAGCACCAGCUCCAUCCCUGUCACGCUGCUCUACUCCACUGCUCCACCAGCAGUACACCUCGCGCACUGCCUCACCGCUGCCCCUGCGCCCAGAUGCUCCUGUUGAAAAGCCACCUGAGGAGACAGCUGCCCAGGUCCCCAGUCUGGAGAGUCUGACUUUAAAGCUAGAGCAUGAGGUGGUGGCCAGGAGCCGACCAACCCCACAAGACUAUGAGAUGCGAGUAGCCCCCUCUGAUACUACCCCUCUGGUCUCCCGAAGUGUUCCACCAGUCAAACUGGAGGAUGAGGAUGAUUCAGACUCUGAGCUGGACUUGAGCAAGCUGUCACCAUCAUCCUCUUCUUCCUCAUCCUCAUCCAGCUCCAGCUCCAGCACUGAUGAGAGUGAGGACGAGAAGGAAGAGAAGCUAACUGCUGACCAGUCCCGCUCAAAGCUCUAUGAUGAAGAGAGUCUCCUGUCCCUCCCUAUGUCCCAAGAUGGAUUCCCAAAUGAAGAUGGAGAACAAAUGACCCCUGAGCUUCUGCUGCUACAAGAAAGACAGAGAGCUUCUGAGUGGCCCAAGGAUCGUGUCCUGAUAAACCGUAUUGACCUCGUCUGCCAGGCUGUACUCUCAGGGAAGUGGCCUUCUAGUCGCCGGAGCCAGGAAGUGGUAACAGGAGGAAUUUUGGGGCCAGGCAACCACUUGCUGGACAGUCCCUCGUUGACUCCGGGAGAAUAUGGUGACUCUCCAGUCCCCACACCACGCAGUAGCAGCGCAGCUUCCAUGGCAGAGGAGGAAGUGUCUGCAGUCACCACAGCCGCUGCUCAGUUCACCAGACUUCGCCGAGGCAUGGAUGAGAAAGAGUUUACGGUUCAGAUCAAAGAUGAGGAAGGAUUGAAGUUAACAUUCCAAAAGCACAAGUUGAUGGCUAAUGGAGUAAUGGGAGAUGGACAUCCUCUUUUUCAUAAGAAGAAAGGGAACAGAAAGAAGCUAGUUGAGCUGGAGGUGGAGUGCAUGGAAGAGCCUAAUCACCUUGAUGUGGACCUGGAGACCCGGAUCCCUGUCAUCAAUAAGGUGGAUGGUACUUUGCUCGUGGGUGAGGAUGCCCCUCGCCGGGCUGAACUGGAGAUGUGGUUACAGGGUCAUCCAGAGUUUGCUGUCGAUCCCCGAUUUCUAGCGUAUAUGGAGGAUCGCAGAAAACAGAAAUGGCAGAGAUAUAAAAAAAAUAAUAAGGCAGAAUUGAACUGUUUGGGAAUAGAACCAGUACAGACAGCUAACUCUAGGAAUGGAAAAAAGGGUCAUCAUGCUGAAACUGUGUUGAACCGGGUUUUGCCAGGGCCUAUUGCACCUGACACCAGCAAGAAGCGGGCCCGAAGGACGCGACCAGACCUUUCUAAGAUGAUGGCCCUGAUGCAGGGUGGAGGCACUGGGUCCCUGUCUCUGCAUAAUACCUUCCAACACAGCAGUAGUGGCCUGCAGUCUGUGUCAUCUCUGGGUCACAGCAGUGCCACUUCUGCAUCUUUGCCUUUUAUGCCAUUUGUGAUGGGUGGUGCAGCAUCAUCCCCUCAUGUAGACUCCAGCACCAUGCUUCAUCACCACCACCACAACCCCCACCCCCACCAUCACCACCAUCACCAUCCAGGCCUGAGAGCCACUGGCUACCCUUCUUCACCAGCCACUACCACCUCUGGUACUGCCUUGCGGUUGCCACCACUGCAACCUGAGGAGGAUGAGGACGAUGAGGAUGAAGAUGAUGAUGAUGAUUUAUCUCAGGGCUAUGAUAGCUCAGAAAGGGACUUCUCACUCAUUGAUGAUCCUAUGAUGCCAGCCAACUCAGACUCCAGCGAAGAUGCUGAUGACUGAAGACCCAGCAUGGUCCCCAUUGCUUGGGUGGCUGCUGUAUUUCCUUUACUCUGGCCCUUGGACUAUGGAAAAGUGGGAGGGGCAGGGGAGAUGUGGGGAGACAGACCCAGGACUCCAGGAGGUGAAAAGGAAAAAGAACACUUGUACCUGAUUGCUUCCAAAUUUGAGAGGAUUGGGUGGGUAGGGGAACUCCUAAAAUAAUACAUUACUUCCUCGGUUCUGGGGAAGGAAAGGAGACUAGAGCAGCCAAUGUGCUCACCCCUCCCUAGACACCUCCAUUAACCACAGACUAUGUAGCGCUGGCACUAGCCUCUGGCAGAGCCUGUUCCUGACCGAACUGUGGAUACAGCUGGAGGGUCAGGAACUGUUACCUUCCUUCCCCUUGGCAUUAAUAAAUUUAAGUUAAUCCUUU